AUGGUCAGCCCCGCCAUCAAGCGCAACGCGGACCACCUCACGACCCCCUCAUCCGAGUCCAAGAAACCCAAAGGCGGCAGCAUCACUGCAUUCUUUGGCGUCCCCAAGCCCAAGCCCUCGUCGGCCAACGGCACCGGCAGCACACCCGCCGCAGCAGGCUCGUCGUCCCGGUCCAGCACUUUUGACAAAGAGAAAUGGGUUCAAUCCUUGACUCCCGAGCAGAAAGAAUUGCUGCAGUUGGAGAUUGACACUUUACACGAGAGUUGGCUGGCGCAUCUCAAGGAUGAAGUGGUGACGACGGAAUUCUUGAACUUGAAGCGGUUUUUGAAGAAGGAGAAGGAGAACAAGGUCAAGGUCUUUCCACCCGAGGAGGAUGUGUAUUCUUGGUCUCGCCAUACUCCUCUUCACACCGUCAAAGCCGUCAUCCUCGGCCAAGAUCCCUACCACAACGAUAAUCAAGCCCACGGCCUCUGCUUUUCUGUCCGCCCGCCCACCCGCGCCCCUCCCUCCCUCGUCAACAUCUACAAGGGCAUUAAAAAGAACUAUCCUGACUUUGUGGCCCCGCCCAACAACGGCGGUCUUCUGACGCCCUGGGCCGAGCGCGGUGUUCUCAUGCUCAACACGUGUCUGACCGUGCGCGCGCACCAGGCGAACAGCCACGCUGGAAAGGGAUGGGAGCGAUUCACCCAAAAGGCCAUUGAUCUGGUGGCACGGGUGCGAAGCAACGGAGUUGUAUUUCUGGCGUGGGGGAAACCGGCCGGGCAGAGAGUCGCCAAGGUGAACAAGUCGAAGCAUUGUGUUUUGCAAUCGGUGCAUCCGAGUCCAUUGAGUGCGCAUGGAGGAUUUUUUGACAAUGGCCACUUCAAGAAAUGCAAUGACUGGCUCGCUGAGCGAUACGGUGAAGAUGGAAUCAUCGACUGGAGCUUGACCCCCGUCUCCAAAGCUGCAGUUCCUCCGCCCGCGCCCUCUUCCACUUCUUCAACGGGCGCUAACAAGGAGAAUACCGCACCCUUGACAGAUGCACUGAAUGCAUCCAACGUUGAUCAAAAGGAUCAAACGGGGAGAGAGACGACCGCAACCAAAGAAGCCGUCGAGGAUGAAUUUGACGAUGAGGAUGCGCUGGAAGCUCUGGUGGAAGCGGAAAAGAAAGAAAUCCUCGAAGAAGUGGGAGAGAAUACGAAAAAGGUGGCUUGA